UCUCUUCAGAGAACAAACUUGAGUGCGGCUCCUGGUAACGACAGCCUAGGAAAUGUCUUUAAAUCUGAUGCAAAAGACUCUGUGCCCAGGAUCAGCCCUGAUCAAAAUGACACAGCUGUUAUUACAGGUAGGUGAAGUUUUAGAAAAAUGGACAUUGCUUUGUCUAGUUUCAAGAUAAAGCUCGUGAAAGGACUGGCUCCCCCUUCCCCCAAAAAGCAAUGUUGAAGUCAACUGGAUCAUUUCUGAUCCCGACUGAAUAGGCAUGGAAUAGGAUUUCUGUGGGUAAGAAAGUGUGCACAUUGUAGCUAAGAAACAAAAUUCUUGACACGUUUUGUCCAAGAUUGUAGAAAUGAUUUCCUGUUGGAAUGCCGAGGAAGGAAGUUUUCGAAAUGUUUUAAUGACAUUAUUUUUUAAAAAAUCUUUGAGAAUUUGGAUUGCUGCUAAUUAAAGUCGAUUUUAGUUUUGGAGGUGUUUUCGCGUAGUUUCACAGUAAAAAUAAAACCUUUUAAAUGCAUGACUCUAUCUUCUAGACGUUUUUGGAUUCUGAUUUGUUCUUCACUAUAAAUUAUGGAACCCAUUCUUUUCGAGUAAAAACGGUUGGAGAACCGUAACGAGAACUUCAUAAAGCAACCCUGCUUGCUCUAAAAAAAUUCCAAAAAUAUAGCAAUAAUAAUAACAACAAAAUGGUAUAAUGAUGAUUUUUUUAUACAGAGCGAGGAAUCCUCUUCACUGGCACCAUUAACCCAAACACAGGAAAGUCAAUGAUUUACAGCAGGAGUUUCAAUCCCACGCUGAACCCAACGUACAGCCGUAUAAGCCAGGGUUGGUUUUACAGUGGUGAGUAUGUCUUAACAUCCAGGCCUCAGUUGUUUGAGAGCUGGAUAUAGCAUAGUCUGCUACACAGCCGUUUUUAGAGUCGUCACGCAACGCUCCUCCCCACUUUGUGGGGAGGAGCGUUGCGUGACGACACUAAAAACGGCUGUGUAGCAGACUAGAUAUAGCACUACCCGUCGCGUUAAUCUCAGUCCAAUGGAUGUGUGUUAGGGAAACCAGUUUUGUUAUCCACUGGAUAGAGAUUUAUCCUGUGGAUAGCGCUAUUAGAGACCUUUAGAUUCUAAGACGAGUACGACUACGAGUACGAGAUUUUCUCAACACUAAGUAGUGCACGCGCGUGAACCAGCGUCAUUUUGGCGGGAAAACGCGGCAGCCGUCGUCAUUCUACUACGAGUUUUAGCGCAAAUGUCGUGUUGGCGAAAACAAGUUGUCAAAUGUUAGAAGUUUUAUCAUUUUGCGAUGGGGAAAGCGCGUAACCUCCUUCACUAAAGGUAACAGUGCUAACUUUUCUAGUGAAAAACGGUAAAAUGAAGCUUUUCGGGAAGUCUAUAUUUUGAGAAUACGCGAAAAAACUUCAAGUCAAUUCUCGUACUCGUAGUCGUUCUCGUCCUCGAAUCUAAAGGUCUCUAUUCACCUUUUGAACAUCUGGGGCCUGGGUUCAUUUGUUGAUGGUGAUAUAGAACCGUUUUCCUAGGUAAUGCAAAAUGGUGAAAUGGGGGACGAAUUUUGGCCCACUUUCUUGUGUAACUUCUCAACCCUUUAAACUGUAGGAUCAAAAUUUGAAUUCUCAUUUGUUGCCCCUAUUCAUUUCCUACAGAAGUAGUGUGGAGAAGUUGAUAAAAUAUCAAGCAAAUUCAUCUUGUGUGAUCUUGUCCGUAAUUCUCACUCUGUUUUACAAAGCAUUGAUAUUACAAGGAGAUCUUUCAUGCUGAUCACUCUCAGGGCUUAAAGGGUUAAUCCAGGGCCCCGUCCACACGUAUCCAUUUAAGCGUUCUGUCCACGCGUAAAGGGCGUUUUCGAGCACCAAAAACGCAGGUUUUCGAAAACAGUUCCCAGAGUGGAGUUUUUUGAAAACGUCGGCUUGUCGUUUCCGUGUGAAGGGACUAAAACGGAUUUUGGAAUAUGACGUCUGCGUGCCCUGUAAAUUUCCAUUUCUUGAGCGUUUUCGGGUCGACGAGCGUAAGCGGUUCAAAUACGCUCCGUGCGGACGCGUAUUUUUUCAAAAACGGAGCAAAAAGUCAGUGUUUUCAAAAAUCUCCAGAUACGUGUGGACGGAGCCGAAGAAGUGAUAGCGUCUUUCAAUCAGUCCCAUAAUGCACUUCGAUACAAAACCGACCCAGUCCUCACUCCUUUGAGCGUAAAUUGGCGAGUAGGCCGUUUGAGAGUUGUCCAAGCCUCUGUUUCAAAGCGAGGCUAAGUGCGAAGUCAUAUGAAAAUUAUUUGUUGUUCCCCUGCAAAUAAAACUUAUUUUCACAAGAAAGAUUUUGCACUAAGCCUCGUUUUGAACAUGAGAGAUUCUGGAACUCAGAAGUGGCUUUCUUGUUUUAAUCAUAUGUCUACAAACAUGUAUGGAAGUGAACCCUUUAUUUUUCCAACAGAUGUUCACUUUAUAAAGAGCUUUGACAUCGGCCUUUACGUCUAUUUCUUCUUCCGUGAACGGUCAUAUGAAUGCGCAAGCUGUGGAAGACAAGUCUUCUCUAGGGUGGCCCGAAUUUGCAAGGUACAGUGGAAACCGUUUCGAUACUAGUCUUUUCGAUACGAACUUAAGCAGUGAAAUUGGACGAAAUUUCGUUCACUUCAUGUAUAUUUUGCGCUUGAACAAGAAAAACCUCUCGGGUUAAUAUUCUUCGUUCUUUAAGCCAAGGACGUGAAACUAUUUACACCUUGUAUCGAGAAGUCUUACGUCGAAACGAUCGUUAACCGGUACAACUGAUCUUUGCUACUACAGUCAGCUCUCAUAAGCGACCACAUCGUGAGGUGAUUUAAUUGUAAUCGCAAAAAGAGCUUGUCCUUUACGAGAAUGGGACUCUGUUAAAACUUAGCGCCGGUGGCCGCAUAAAGAAGCUUUUAGUGAAAAUUUGGGCAAAUGUGGUGUGUUGUCGCGGUCGUUGAGGAGAGGUAUUCAUUACAGAGCUUUACAAUGUAGUGGCCCCGGUUACAGUAGAUGCACUCACUGGCAGUGAGAGUAUGAUUGAAGUUUUAAAGGUAAACUAUAAUUUGUUGCUAUUAAUUUUUUUUCCUUCAGGGAGACUAUGGUGGAUACCACGGUCAUCAACGAACUUUUGUGACAUUUCAAAAGGCUAAAUUAAGCUGUUCUGAUGGAAAAGAUUACUCAGUCAAUUUCAACGAAAUUCGUAAGUGGUAGAGAACUUUUUUCUCUCUGAUUUUAUGAUUCUUCCGAGUGGCCCUAGUCUCUGUUUCAAAGCGAGGCUGAGUUCAUUGAUGUGCAAGUGUAUUUGGAGGCAGCGUGGCCGAGUGGUCAGCGCGUUGGACUCGCAAUCCGGCGGUCCUGGGUUCGAGUCCCGGUCUGGCGUCUCGCAUCUCGAGUUCAAAUCCUCAGCCACGCUUGUAAAUAGCCAACUGGUUGCCUCCUACCAGUUGCGGUUUUUAAUCCUGUUAUGUUGUAUUGAAUUAGUUGUUUCUAAGUAUUUGAAUGGAGUGCCUGUAAACUAGCUGGAUAAACUAUUUUAAUGCACUUUCCACCAUAAAUUAUUUGUUUAUUUUGAUGCAAAUAAAACUAAUUUUCACAACAAAGGUUUUGUACUCAGCCUUGUUUUGAAAAAGAGAGUUUUGGAACUCGGUAAUGGCCAAUAGAUUUGUCAUAUUUGGUGCUUGGGCUUUGAGAUUAAAAUUCCAACCAUACAGCCUAUUUUUAUGUAUUUGUUUUGCAGAGGAUGUAUGGUGGGAUGAACCAACGGACGAGUUUCGUGCAAUUUUUACCUCUCAUCGGUAAGCAUUUUAUAGCGGCAAUUCAUUACUUACUAAUAAUCCCGGGUAAUAAUUUUUUUCUGUUUCUGGAUGAGCGAUGUCCAGUUGUUUCCCUUGAAAAUCGUGUCGUUUCAAUGUGUCGAUUUUCGUCGUUAGCUCUCGACUUCUGGCUUGGUAAGGAAUGCAGAAAUGCAGGAAUAAAAUCGAGAAAGCAUACCUUUAAAACUUCUUCAAGUUUUUCUCGUCCUUGACAGAUGAGUCAAUCUUCGAAUCUGCUUGUGUUACUGGUAAAAUCCUCCAUGUUUAGUUAUGUUUGGAUAGGGAUGCACGUACGAGCUAAAAGCUCUGGGGUGGCCCACGGGACUGAUAAGGCAGGCAAAUGCCCCACAAUUGCCUGAGGGGUUGAGGGGGCGGUGGUGGCGGGAGGAAUGGGCGGACCUGGAAUAAAGUGAUAGGUAAAUUCAGUCGUGUGGGGUUUGCAUGCCAGUGGCAUGAUGCCUCGCGGCCCACGCGUUAAAUUUUUUUUCCCGCCUAUUGGUCAGUUACUGUAGUUUACCUCUGCUGAUUGUUUGCAUGCUUAUACUCUUGCGAUCGGUUCCCUGUAACGGUGUGAUAGCCAUACAGUGCGAAUAUUUUACGGAGACGGAAAAUUUUCCGAGCUUCGUGUAUCUGCCUAGCACAGUGUUUAUGUGAAGAAAAGAAUCCUUUUUUAGAUCCUUUUUGAGAUAAGGCAGGAUUUCCGCCGCUGUCCCCGGUCCGGGAGCGCGGGCUCAUUUCCCGAAUUGUGGCUGGUGAUCUAACCAUUACAUCGCAUCGGCCUAAACCCCUUUAGGGGAGACCUUUUAAUGUUUACCUUACGUAGUAUUCCUUAACGCGUCGGUUUCGUGCACUGAGUCCGUAGCAAUUAGGGUAAAGCAGGGAAUCGAAACGGUUAGCUUCUAUUUAGGGUUAGGGUAGCGUGCGUAGCAGGCGUCGAAAGGGGUAGGGGGUAGGGCUAGGGUUAGGGUUGUUGUUAUAUAGCUUCAAAUCAAACCUACUCUUGGCAGCAAAUUGUCAGUCGCUUUUGGUAUUGGUGGUGGACUUCAGACUCUAAUCCCCGGGUUCGAUUUUUACCCACAAUGCUCUGAGAGAGACUUACUUUUUCACGAACAUUUGCUGAGAGACUUGGAAACUUCAUGUAAUUGUUGGGUGGAAGCAAUACCCGUUGUGUAAACUUCACAAGAUCUCUCUUAAGGGUUUUAAGCCGAUGCAGGGGCGGAUCCAGGAAUUUUUGAUUGGGGAAGUGCAAACUUUGAUUCAGAAAGGACUGUUGAACUUUAUUGUAGUAAAUUACUUCUGACAGAGACGACCACGGCUUUGUCAAUCUUUGAACGCCGGUCGCCGUUGGCGCGAGAAAUGCUGCUUUGCAAUCAGAGGCGAACAGAUCAUAGGAGGGUGCCCAAAAACAAUUGCAUUUUAUAAUAUCCCUAGAAUUUAGUUUCGUGCCAAAAUGCAACGCGCGUUUCAUUAAAAAAAUCACCCAAUUAAAAAGGGAUAUACGAUCCUGUCGAUGUAAUACUUUUUAGUCUCAAACAAGCAUCAGGACCCUCCCCCUGGAUCCACCACUUCGAUGGAAGGUGAUCAAAAAAGUGUUUUUUGUGUUGCUGCUGUCAAAUGAUUUUGUAGGUUAACGAAUCAUAUCCAGCGGCUGAAUUCCAUGACUAUACCGUCUUUUGCGUGUGGUAGCAAAGGGUUCAUUUUGUGCCAAAAUUACUGGGGUGCAAUCAACUUCUGGGUGAUUAAUCUUUAUUUUUCUCCUGUUUUCGUUUCCUUUUCACCUUAGUAACGGACCGCCAGCGUCAGCUGUUUGCGUUUACAGUUUGUCAUCCAUCAAGAAAAUUUUUGUUGAGAGUAAAUUCAAGUCAUUCAGUAGCAACGGAGAAGGGACCACGGUUGACAACAACUACCCCGAGUACUUCCCUAACGUGAGUAUUAUGGAAUCUGUUUUGUUCAAAGUGGGGAAGGGGAGGCGAGGAUGGGGCUGGGAGGUAUUUGGCUAGCCUCCGUAGCUGACGGAUUAGCAGGAGUGCUGUAGAUUGUUUGGCAGCGAAGCCGCGUGAAGAUUGUGAGCCGCUUGCGAAAAAAGUCCUUUCUGGGAAACUGCCCAACUACCGCUCCCCCAAAUCAACAUUUUGCCUUAAACGAGUGCGGGAGCCUGGUAAAUGUUAAUGUUGGCGUAGGGGUCGCUUAGGGGAGGGGUAGGUUGGCAGUUUCCCAGAUACCUAAAUUGAUCCCAGCUGUUACCUUUGCAGUGUAAAGUAAAUCCACUCUACAUCAACCAAGCUAGUCAACUACCUGUUCCCGAUGGUAUGAUGGCAACACAGAAGAUGACAAUUAAUGCUUAUACAAGUCUUAUGCAUGAUCCUUUGAUGGCUGAUCCAGUACAACCAACCAGCUCUCGCGCGUGGUUCAUUAAGGAUGGAAUCAGGUUAUUAUAUACAGUUGCAUUGUUUAUGGCAGAUAUGCUCAUGUUCAGGUUCUCUUCUAGCCUGUCCCAGGCCCUCAGGCAGUUGGGAUGUCGUAAAAACGCGCGUGUGGUCUGGGAAUAGGGGUUGGUAGCUUCCCUUCUCCCCGUGCGCUGUUUUGCACUAGUUUGUGCGUGACAAUUUUCUCGCGCGUCCGCGUGAUUCUCUGGCUGAAGAUGAAGAACAGAGCAUUUCGUAAUUAACAUUCCUUUUUAAUUAGGCUGAAAAAGAUGUUGGUUUAUUUAAGGAUGUUGUUUUUCUAAGGUUUUGCGAUGCUACUGUGACCGAAUUCAUUUUUAAUUUUUUUCAAAGGAUGACUGCUAUUGCCGUAGAGAAAGUGGGUGCAAACAAGGUUGUAUACACCUCAACAGGUAAAGUGCUGCUAGGUCAGCCCAGAGCGGUUUUAUUAAGGUAUUAAUGUUUUAAGUUUUUAGUCUAAUCCAAGUAAAGAGUUGAGUUAUGCUUAACUAUCUCAAGUGACGCCGAAUUUCGUCUAAAUUUGCUUUUUUGCAUUGGCUGGACUUUGAUUCAGUAGAAAAACAUAACCCAGUAAAGUAUUUUUUUUUUUUUUUGCCAAGUUUUCAAAUUUGUCGUUUGUAAUCCACGUGAAGCCCAGUUCAUCUCUCUUGUCCAACACUAUCCCGUAGUUACAAAUAUCUCUGAUGGUAACUGCCAGAUGUUCAGUUUUAUGGACACAGCCAGUAUAGCUUUAAGAAAACCGAGUUCUCCCAAUAGGAGCCGCCGAACCCAAGCCAGACCUUCUGCUUACUAGUCCAGAUGCUCUACCGCUGAGCUAGAAGAGACUCGUGAAAGGUGACAGAGGCUAUCAAUUAAACUAAGCUUUUUUUAUUCUUUCUGUUUUCUCAAACUUUUAUCUUAAGAUUUUUGUACUUUCCAAGGCAGUGCCUCUAAGAAACUCACAACUUGAGGUGUGGGGUUUUUGAGGCGUGUGGGGUUUUCCGUUUGAGUUUUGUUGGGCGUAAAUCAGAUCGGGGAACUGUACUGAAAAUUUCACAACCGGCCUUGAUGUCUUUCACCGAAAUCUCCUCGUUUUGUAAAGUUUUGUUGUGAUGUAGACCUCCACUCUUUAAGUUUUUAAAAUUAUGUUAAUAAUCGGGGUCUUAAAAACUGUAUCAGGAAAAAAAUUUUUCACAACCUGAGGGAAACAAAUGCAACCAUUAGCGUCCCUUUUGUUCUUCUCACCGAAAUGGAUGCCUUCCCCGAAUCUAAAAGUUUUUCUUUAUAAAUCUUUAUAUUUUUAGAUUUUUAAACAGUUAAUUUAUUGGAUUAAUUUAAUGAAUUUGCUACGGUGACUCAACACGGUGACAGGGGAUGAAACAGGACUUACGUCCCAAUUGAUAUCAACCUCUUCAUUAGCCACCCAGCCCAUGAAAGGUUGUACCACACGUUACUGGGGUCUUAAACUCUUUAUCCGUACUCUUUACGAACAGCACUGUGGGUUCCUGUACGUCCCACAAGAGUCAGGACAGUGAAAGAGCUGUGAGACGGGGCGUAAGGUUUUUCGUCCUUACCCAUCUAACCACUUGUAGAUGUCAUAACAAAGGCAGCGCAUUCUCCUUAGUUAUUUUUAGACUCUGAGUGUUUGAACUGGAGCGCUUACCACUUGUAUGGAAAACUCGGAAAUUCCGGGGAGAAUUCAAAUAGAGCGGUUCAUCCCGGUGGAAAGUUUCCGAAAAAAAAGUAAUGGCUUUCGAGGUAUUACCGUUGUCCCGUUUUUACCGAAACGACCGAAAUUUUUGGUACCAUUUGUUUGGAUUAGUAGGCUUCAUGUCGAGAGAAAGCGAAAAAUUGACCGGUAUUUUGUAAAUAGUACAAUUCAAUCCCGUUCCUGUUUUCGGUGCCAAAUGUUUCACCGAAAUUUCCGUACAAAUGGUAACUGCUCCUGGUGUCUGGGGUUUGAACUCGCGAUCUCUCGCUCGACAGACCGGCGCUUAUCCAAUUGAGCUACGGAUACAAUGCCCAAUUUUAUCUCAGAGACGUUAAAUUUUUCUGAACGAUACUUUUAUCAGCAGAAGACUAAUCUGGUACCCAGAUCUCGUCGGCUUCGUCGACAAGGGAUCUGGGUACGAGACCAUGAGAAGAAGGGAAUGUCGUGAGAAGAUGAAGUCAAUACGUCUGACGUUUUCCUGUUUUAUGCAGGACUAAAAUUGUUGGGGACUCCAUGUCUACAGUUCCUUACUUUCAUGUGAGAUCGUCGUGUUCGAGCUCUUACUAUAAAUGAGGCCGGGUCAUCUUAGUAUCUAUCGUUCCGAGGAGUUGGACGUUAGGGAGUAUAGUGUCAGGAAUGGGGGACGCGGGGGGGGGGCAAUAUUUCCUCCCUUUGUUUCCGCGCCCCUCUCUCGACGCUAUACACUCUAACACCCUCUCCCUUGUUACCUCUAAAACCGAGACGGCCGCUUGUUCUUGACAAUGUAACGGGAAAACUGAGGGCUAUAAAUAGUCUUAUAAAAUCAUCUCGAGAAAGCAUUCACGCCCCUUCCUGGGGUAAAACAGCCACUGUAUAAGAAGAAAUAGUGAUAGUGUAAGAAAUUUUGCUUAUUUUUGCUUAACGAACUAUUUCUCCUUGUUUACACUCGCUGUUAACACCUAACAUCAAAAUGUGUUCUGAGCAAGUGUUGCCAAGUAGUAAUAAUUUUUUUGUUUUUCAGGUUGGCAAGAAGGAAAUAAUAAGAAGUAUGGCACUUGAUACGAAAAGGGUAGGUUCAAUACAGUUAUAGUUCACUUUUCAUCAUUUCAAUGGGACAUACCAUGUGUGUACCUCAUUAACGCAGUCAUUCUAAACAAAACUGGAUUAACGAUUUCUUUAGAUAUGAAUACCUUUUUUGUGUGGCUUUUCAUGUUAAUGUCCGAGUCAAAUGGUGGAUUAAAAUGUAAUGACCAAAACAGGCAAAAUAUUCGUUAACUUCACAAGAAAAAUGCAAAAAUCGUUACAAAUAGGCUUCUUGUCCUUGUGAUGAAUGUCCUUUCGUAAAUAACGUCCUUCCUACUCGUCGGUACAAAGAUUUCAUCUGCAAAAAGGAGUUAAUUUCCUUGUUGUUUGAGUUAACUGCUCCACAGGAAGACGAAAAGAUUUUUCCAUUUCAAUAAGACUUACAACAUUAUUUUAAAGUUUAAAUAACCUCGAAAAGUUAUUUUUUUUAGUCUAAUAUUUAAACUCCACCUCCAGGUUAUAGAAAUUCUUUAGUUCGAAAUCGCUGACUCUGUAUGGAAGUUUUAAGUUGAAGUAUUUGACUGUUCUUCGUUUAGUUUGAAGGAAUUUUUGUGGUUUUAAUUUUCAGCAUACUCUUUACCUGGGAUCAAGCACAAGACUUGCAAAGUUGAGCUUAGAGCAGUGCAGCAGCUAUUUGAAUAACGGGUGUGUAUAACUUUGAAAUUGCCAUCUUUAAGCCGCGGUGAUGCUUUGCUCUUAUCUGAUGUGUGUUUAUUUUGUGCAGCUCUUGUAUUUCUGCUGCCGAUGCUUACUGCGGAUGGGACAACAAAACAAAAAGCUGCGUGUCGGUUCUUUCCCAUGGGUAAGUUUUCCAUUGUUCGUCAGUCUAACGUUUGAGUCUUUGAACGAAAUCCUACGCUAUGAACAUUCGAAUGAAACCUCUUCAGCAGAUCUUUCACAUGGUACUAUUUAUGUAGUUUGUAGUUCUAACUUUUGAGUCUGUGGAUGAAAUCCUAUGGUGUGUCACCAUUCAAAUGAAGCUCUCUUUUAGUAAAAGCUAUAUAUUUCUUAAGAUUUACAAAAAUGCUUUUGACUUUUUUGGUGACGUUCUUCUUUGACCACAGUAGGAGUAAUAGUUUUAACCUCGGCAACCAAUCGAACAAUGAAUGGCAUUUUGAACUAAUUGGCUGAAACGGUUCGAGACUGAGAAUUAGAAAUAACAACUGUUUUUUAAUGACUCACUUCUUGUCUCUUUUUAGAGAACCCAGUAAAUUAAAGCAAGACCUGAACAGUUGUCCAAAGGCCCAAGGUUUGUGGUUUGUUUCAUCGACCUUUCGUUUAUCAUCGACUUUGUGGUUAUUACUAUUAUUUUUUAUGAAUAACAAUAUAUUUUAAUUAUAUUGAUAUUGGCGAAUCAGUUAAAAUUAAAGAGAAACUUUAUAACAUUGUAAGGCUAAUAACAGAACAAAGAAUUACUUCUGAUGUGAAAAUUGAAGUGCUCGAGAUGAGGUAACUAAAACCUGAAGCGUGUCCAUUUGACUGAAAGCAACUGAGCUGCAGUACUUUCCUCGUGUGGUCAGGCUGUUUAUAAUAAUGUAUAAGGUAUUUUUAACUUUUGAGUCUGUGGAAGAAAUCCUGCCGAGUGUUACCAUUCAAAUAGAAGCUACUGAGCAGCACUUUCCUGUGUGUUUAUUAUUCUGUACAAGGCGUUUUUACCUUUUGAUUCUGUAAAAGGAAGGAACCAUAAAAUGAGACCAUUCAAAUGUUGUAGCACUUUGCUGUGGUACUGCUUGCUUUGUUGAGCGUAGUGGUUCUAACGUUUGCGUUUGUAGACAAGGAGACCCACUUGCCAACUCGCUCAACACCUUCGUUUUGAGCGGUCGCUUACUGCUUAACAAGUUCGUCUAAAAGUCUUGGUAAAAAAACCCUUUCUUUGUGUUUUAUUAGGGAGCUUAAGCAACAACGACGGCGACGGCCACGAAAACGUCACUUAAAAAGUGAAGUUGCGCUGCUUCAAACUUUGUUGCGCUUAUUACCUCGGGUUCGAUUCAGUUCUCCAAAUGUUGGCAGUUUUUUUUUUCGGGAGUUGAAUAGUGUAAAAGACUGAAUCGAAGUUAACCCUUUAAGCCCCUGUAUCCACAUAGAAAUUCUCCAAACUGAUCUCCAUACAUUUCCUUAAAGAAUUCUUUGUGAGAAUUUGAUAACAGAUCAAGGCAUUUUCUCUUGGAUGAUCAUUUUAUUAAUUCUCAUAACUUAUCUCUUGACAUUGUAUGGAUUUUGUUAAGAGAAAAUUGAUCUUUGUCACUAUUGGGACUUAAAGGGUUAAGGAAAAGAAAAAGAAAGUCGUUGUCAUGUGUUCACGUCCUUCACAGAACGUGAAAUUAGGUAUUUUCACGUCGUAGUCGUGCAGUGACGGCAAAGAAAUGUACAAAAAAGCAUGAUGCACCUGCAAAGUUGUUGUUUUGCUUAUUAAACCUACGCAUUUUUGCCGUCGUCGUGGUUUAAGCUCCCUAUUAACUCUUUUCUCCCACAGGACCUCUCAGUUUAUGAGAAAGUAAACUAUCAGUUAACUCAGUUUUCCUUGUGCCGUUGUAGGUGUGAGCUGGUCACCGUGGAAAAACUGUCUGCAGAAUGAUGGGAACCUCUGUCGGUGCCAAGUGCGGCCCUGCUUGCAAGACACAAACAGCCAUUGUGAAGGAGGUUUGGAGUAUCGUUUGGAAAAUUGUACAGGUGAUUAAGAAAUCACACUCAAACCUACUGACCUAAAUGUGGAUUGUAAGAAUGUAAUACAUUACUAUAUUCUAGAAAUUAAUCAAAAGAGUGCAUUUGAUUUGGUUUGAUGAAAGGUUCAGCUUGCGCUUUAAAUUCACAUUUUUUCGAGUUUUAACGCGUCUUUCAGUUUUGAACCUCCCAAGAAAACGAGUGACCUCUUCUAAACCUCUUCUAAAUCUACACUUUCAUGGUUUGCAGGGAUCCCUAUCUUUCGAUUGGGUGCAGAUUGCCCCCAAGAAAAAAAUGUCUGGGUUCUGGUUUUGCAUUUUUUUUCUUGGGGGGAAGGGGGUGGGGGCGGGGGAAGGUGGUACAGCCUCAUAAAUUUAACGUUUUCUAAGGAGUUCAAUGCAAUCGGCUUAUGAUAUUUUUUGAUUUUUUAGGGACGGUUUACAACGAUACUCUUUAUUUUCUCGGGUAUUCAAACAAGACAGUUAUUAACUUGGCUAUGAUUUUGCGUGAUAUCUGAAGAGAAAGAACAGAAACAAUAGAAAACAAAGUAGAAAACGAAAAACGACAAAAGAAAGUAUGUCGGAAGGUGUUAACAUUACAACCGCUGUUUUGAUUUGCUCCAACUUUCGUUAAGUGAUCUCCCUAUCCGGGCUAUUUAAUAAUUAUGUUGCAAAGAAAAAAUGUUACAAUAUUUGCCACUCAAAAUCGAUUGUCGAGAGCAAGAGUCUUCCUCUUUCCAAUUUAGGUUUUCUGUACUGAUCGAUUCUUCUUACAAGCAAAAUCGCAGUGAAGGGUACAAAAUAUUCUACUGGGUUUUUAAGACGUCGUUAACAAACGAUAUGUUGCCAUUGUAGUUAAUAUCAGUGUUGGAUGGGAGGGAGUGGAAUCAUGGGAAGCACUAGGAGUUCAACAUGGCAACUGGAGUGUGUGGGGAAACUGGAGCGAGUGCUCUGCUAAGGCCUGGGCUGGAGUGAGGAAUAGAUCAAGAACCUGUACAAACCCAGUCCCCAGGAGGGGAGGGAGGACGUGCCUGGGCGACUCCGUGCAAUACGAACCUUGUAGUCUUGGACUUGAAGGUAAGGAUAUACUCUACAUAUUUCACCUUGCAGAGUUUGGAUACGUAUGUUAUAUCAAAGAAUGUAAAGGAAGUUAAGUGUACGAGUGACUUUGUUAUCUUCUUGCUCUCUAUUGCAUUACACCAUUAUUUCCUUGAUAUGCGUUACUGUCCCGAAGUGCUAGGUCAAGGUGGCUGGAGGUUCCAGGAAAGGCUUCUGGGAUCGUAACUGGGGCAGGCUAUUGAGCUAUUGGCCAAUUUGUUUUACCUGUCUCCAGAGUAACAGUCUCAGUUUCCCUCUCGUUUUUAUAGUGGCGAAUGUGAGUUGCUCGCUCUGGGUUAUCGGCUCCUGGUCAUCUUGACUAAACGAGUUUGGUCAAUAAGUAUCUAUUUUAUGGCUAAGGAAACACUUUUCUUGCGAGAUCAGGGUGUGAAAUCCCAGGGGGAGGGGGAGAGGGGGUAGAAAGUCCCAUCUUGCCUGCUUGGGUAGCUAAUUAUAACAAAUGAUUUGCUUUACAUUCCCAGCCUGCUAAACCGGCCUUAUAAUACGCCUAUAUGCUUGGUAUCAUGUGCACCCUAGCUAAGACCAAAAACUGAGCCUAAAACGUGUCGAAUUGUCCCGCCCUUGCCUAUUUCCUGUUCGGCGUCUUUCCAGGCCUUCUAGAUCAAUGCACUUUGGUGACGUUUCCGAGACGAAGAGGCAGAAGACUCUUUCGGACCACGUGACCCGAAGCGCAAUAAUGAGUCUCGUCGUGCAAGUACACUUAACCACAGGCAAAAAAACUAGCCUGAUGUCGGACAGUACCGUUAAUUUUCUUUUUCAUAUUUUUAUUUAUAAUUUCAGAGGUGGAAAAAAGACUCAGCACAAAUUUAACAAAAGAGCUGAAUCCAAAAGUGAACAUGGCUGUUCGCUUUCAUGUUAAAUGCAGAGCUAAAGGUUACAAAUUAACUGCUGUCAGUGCUGAGGUGACCAACGAGACGAUUGACUGCCAGAAGGAGCCACAGACUUGCGGAGGUAAGAAGAUAUUCUAGGUCAAUCAAAGUUUCUGAAUACAGACAUAUGCAGACGUACAAUAUAAUACAAUAUAUGCAAUCAAAGGGUCAGAACCAACAACAACGACAACACCAAAAGCUUUAUUUGCAUGACUAUAAAGGAAUUACAGUAUUGCAAAAGCUAUUAGUCUAUUAGUCUAUUAGUCUAUUAGAACCAGUGGACUUGGGAGAUGGGUCGCCUGUGGUGCAGGUGUAGUUUGCAGGCAAGUGAGCGCUAACGCAAUUUCGAGCGUGUAAUCUCAGUGGAAGACUUAGGAGAGUGAAAAUGUUGGAGAUGAGAGCUUCUCUCCUGUCAUAUAACACUUUUCAAAUCACAUCGUGUGAAAUCACGUUACACAAGUUGCAUUGUGUGAAAUCACGUUACACAAAUUACAUCGUGUGAAUUCAUGCUACCUCAAUUGCAUCGUAUGAAAUCAAGUUACACAAAUCACAUCUUGUAAAAUGACGAUACAGAAAUCAGUUCGCGUGAAAUCACCUCACACAAAUCACAUUGUGUAAGAUCACGCACGUGUCUAAAUCACAUACAGUGGAACCUCGAUUUAACGAACCUCUAUACAACGAAGUUUUCGGUAUAACGAACGAUUUUCUUCAGCCCGGCCAAAAUUAUAUUAAAAUGUAUGGAAGACAACCUCGAUUUAACGAACCUCCAUUUAACGAAAUCCUCGUUAUAACGAACAAAAUCCACAAGCCCAAACGUAAAAUUUGCCUCGAUAUAACGAAUAAAUGUCACCAUGCGAUAAAAGAUAAAUGCCAAACAGACCAACAACGAUAAAAUUUAUGUGUACAACAGUUUUAAGCAAUUUUGUUUGCCUGUUCUUGAGUUUCUAGUGCCGUAGCUAUGCAUAGCUCGGUACUGAAGUGUUAUUACAGUAAUUUUUCAGAUCCAGAAAUAAUGGGGUUUUGUAAAUUAAUUAUUAACUAUACCUCGAUAUAACGGACAUUUUGGUAGUUUUCCCGAAAAUUCGUUAAAUGGAGGUGUUCGAUAUAACGAACCCUCGAUUUAACGAGCAAAUUUCCCUUGACCCUCUGCACUUCGUUAAAUCGAGGUUCCACUGUAGUGUGAAGUCACGUUACUUUUAAUUAGUUACGUUCGGUGAAAUCACGUCAAACAAAUUGCAUUGCGUCGCAUGACAUAACAUUACAUGACAUGUCCUGAGAUGCAACCACAUCUCAUGCAUGACAUCGUUAAUUUAGCCAGCAGGAUAUUUUUCUUACACGAAAUUUGUAUUAAAUUCUUCAUGCUGCCAUUUCUCAGUGUGCUUAUCAAAAUCCUGUUUUUCUCUAACUUCUUGUAGAUGGAGAGUGGAAUCCCUGGGGUGAGUGGACUCCGUGUACUGUUGAGGGAUUUCAAAUAAGACGAAGAAAUUGCAAACGAGAGCCUUGCGUUGGAGAGUCACUGCAGGAGCAGAGCUGUUCACCACCACCCACGAAGUGCGAAGGUAAGCUCCUCUAGUGAUUAGUAUUUAGGAGCGGUGGUUGUCAAGCAAAGAUUUGACCCUUUCAAGGCCGAAAAAUGGUAUUUUUUCAAAAUAGUCUUAUGUCAUUUACUAAAAUGCUGAGAAACCAGUGGCACCAUAUAAGAUUACUGUUAAGAGGUUUUAUCUGAAUGGUCACACCAUAGGAUUUCACCCACAGACUCAAAAGUUAGAACAACAUACUAAAUAAAUAGUACCAUGUGAAAGAUCUGCUGAAGAGGUUUCAUCUGAAUGGUCACACCAUAGGAUUUCAUCCAUAAACUCAAAAGUAAGAACUACAAACUAAAUGAAUAGUGCCUUGUGAAAGAUCUGCUGAAGAGGUUUUAUUUGAAUGGUAACACCAUGGGAUUUCAUCCACAGACUCAAAAGUUCGAACUACAUACUAAAUAAAUAGUACCAUGUGAAAGAUAUGCUGAAGAGGUUUUAUUUGAAUGGUAACACCAUAGGAUUUCAUCCACAGACUCAAAAGUUAGAACUUGGUACUAAAUAAAUAGCACCUUGUGAAAGUAAUGCGUACUAUGGCAUACUAUAUUAAACAGUACCAGACGACCGCUGGGCCCAAUAGCUUCAUUAAAAUGGUCACAAGACAGGAUUUGGUCCACAGUCUUGCAAGUUAGAAUCUGCUAAGGUGUAUUCAUAAUUUGAUCCUGAUUAAAUUAUUGAAGAGUUAUGAGACUGGUGUUCCUGUGAUCCUGAAAGAAUGAAUGCUAUUGGUACCAAUAGUGUUCCUGGUGUGACUGGGCCUCAAACCAUUGUUUCGAUUUCUCUCCUUUACGUGUAGCUUUAAAACACGUUAAAUAUCCGUAAAACGGAGCAUUGACGGAAAGAGGGGGUAGAAUGAGCGCACCGUCGGUGUCUGGUCUUUGCGUCUAAUAUAAAGUACCGUCCCGAGUUUAACCAGGGACCUUUUUGAGCGACGCACGACAACCGCGGAAGUGGACUUUUUGCAGUCUUGGGCAGUGCUUUUGCCCAAUUUUUGAUCAAAAUGUCUCUAUAAGAGCAAAGACACUUAGCAAUUUAAAUGUGGUAGGGAAAAGGCCUUACUUCUGGUUGACGUUCGUGGUUCAAAGGAAGUCUUUCUUAAAAGCUCCCUAUCGACCUUUUUUUACUCUUUUCUAAAAUAUGCUGAUUUGUAAACGGGUCAAGUCCUCGCUGGAACUUGUCAAUAUAUAUGUUGUGGUUCAAUUUUAUCCAUGGUUUAAGUUUUAUUUUCCUUUAAUGAGUUUGAAACAAAGGAAAAUUAAAUUAAAACCAAGGAUAAAAUUGAACCACAACAUACACAUAAAAUAUGAAACUGAAAAUAUGUUUUGAGUGCGUUUUCAUCGGUCUUAGCGAACUCGACGUAUAAAACAAGACAUUUUCUGACUGGAUUUGAUUUUCUCCAGAUGAUUCUUGGGACGAGUGGUCAAAAUGCGUUUGCGAUCACAAGUUACCCGACAUCGAAACUGGUUUACGAUACCGAGUCCUUAAGUGUUGCAGACUGUGUCCUAACCAAACUUCAUGCUGUCAUACUGUUGAGUUUGGUGAUUGUAGCUGUAAAACUACCAGUAAGUGAAGUGAAGGCAUUUAUCCCUUUAAACCCUAAGAUCAAAAUUUGAAUUCUCAUUUGUUGCCCCAUUCAUUUCCUACAGAAGUAGUGGGGAGAAGUUGAUAUAAUAUCAGGCAAAUUCAUCUUUUGUGAUCAUGUCCGUAAUUCUCAUGACCACUCUGUUUUACAAAGCAUUGAUAUCACAAGGAGAAUUUUGAUGCUGAUCACUCUCAGGGCUUAAAGGGUUAAUGGAAUUUUAGGCUAUGGUCACACGGCAUCGGACCAAUUUUCGGCCGGCUGAAGAAUUUGACCCUACACUUCUUUCAUACGAAACAAAACCAGCCUUGAAUUUCAACAUAUGACAGAGGUCACACGCGAUAAAUCUAAUUGAUACUUCAAGAAAUUCCCCCCACACUUCUAUAGAAGUCAACAAAUGCGAAUCUGAAUAUUGAUGCUACGGUUUAAAGGGUUAAAGUAUUUUUUUUGUGUGUCUAACAGGUGUUGUGGGGAGGCGAACUGCUCCAAAUGUACUUGAGAAAUCUAACUUUGGAUUAGGACACGUGAUCGGAGCGGCUGUUAUCGGCUGCGUUUUCACCAUCACUCUGUGCGUGGCAGCGAUUUGCUUCGUGAAUCGCAGGAAAAAACAGUUUGAUGUCUCAAAAAUGGGCGAUAACAGCCUAAAUGAAACAGGCAACGACAGCAGAUACUCAACUUUACCCGCACGAGAGAACGUAGAACUACUUAAGAAUUCAGGGACGCCCGGAAUUAAAGACAAAAACAGAAACUCAAGUAAGAAGACUCCUUCCCCGCUGAAAAUAAUGUUUGAGAAGCGGAAGAAACGGUACCCCGUAAAUAGUUAUCGGGAAGAAGAAGUAUAG